AUGACAAAACCACUUACUGAAACGACCCCCUCCUCCCCCACCAUCACCCGCUCCACCACCACCAAAACAACCUUCACCAAUCUCACCCCCGCAGACUCCAUAUUCCGCUCCACAGUGGAAAACACCUCCAUCGCCAGGACAGCUGAUGCUAAAAGCAGCGCCAGCAUCAGCAUCAAACGCAGCAAACUCCAAUCCUGCACACUAACCAACUCCUCCACCCGCCGCUGCACCCUAACCAACACGACCCUCCUCAAUGUCCCCGCCGCCCGCUCACUCGACGCAAGCAACUCCUCGCUCUCGAAUAUCCGCCGUCUGCGACGGAGCGAGAUCCGCGCCAGCACGAUAAGCGAUAGCGCCGUCCGGCGGAGCACCGUUGUGGAUUCGAGCGUGAAGCACUCUCUUCUCCGGCGGAGUAAGCUGGACCGCGUGGACAUGUACAAGAGCAGAGUGAAGAGGGCGGUGUUGACGGAUUGCGAGGUGAGUGAGUGUGUGGUUAUCGGGACGGAGUUUAAGGGGAUGAGGUUGAGAUUUGGGGUUUGGAAGAAUGGAAGGUUGGUGGGGAAGGUUGGGGAGGGGGAGGUGGUUUUUGAGGAGAUGGAUAAGGGUAAGAAGGGCAAGGCUGUCGGCCCAGAUGCAAAUCAAAAGGUUGAGAGGCUUGAUUACAAGGUUCUACAGGAGGAGAGCGAGUCAGAGGACGAUGAUAAGUCCAGUGUCAGUGAUGAGGAGCCGGAGCUGCCGCCGCCGUAUGCGCCUUGA